CUGGAGGAGACGGAGGGGUUGUAGUUAAGGUCUUGGAUGGAAAGUGUGGAGGAUCUUCUAGUCAAGUAGUCAUUGAUUUCCGAAAGUGAUUUGAUUUAUGUGGAUUUUACGUGAAUAUCGAAUAAUGACGCGCGGCUGGUCAAUGGUGGCGCCCACUUGAAUAGUGGAUGAGGUGGAGGAUCUACUCCAGUUGUAUGUAUUUGAAGGCUUCAUUCGAAGUUGAUGUUCUUGCAGAUAGGUGAAUAUUUCGUACUGUGUGCUGGUAAAUGCUCACUUGAAUGAGUACUGUGCCUGGAUCGAUGAUUUAUACCAAGGUUAUUGCUGUAUCCUAACGCUACAAGACACACCAAUCUUCUCUAAGAGAUGGACCACGACGACAAUAACUGCGGCGUCCAAUGGUGAGCAAGAGGCUGUGGACAUGAAGAUCGAGGUCAUGGAAGCGAGUGUAAGUUCUAAUGUGGUAGCUGCAAGUGCAGGUGCAAGUUAAGUCAGCGGGGGAAAUGUGUAUGUAAGUAGAUAGAAGUGUCGAAAACAGGGUGACAAGUAGAUUGAAACACUUUAAUAAGCCUGUAAUCUGCAUUUUCUCUGUUCUUCUCUGAUUCUAUUCCUGCUUGACAUCAACUUGCUGCCUCUAAAAAGUCCAUCCCAGUGGUCAACUGUUAUUGCCAGGUGAGGAACAAAGGCAGUUGUUGCGAAAGGGGCAGCCUGUCGAAAGUGUUCCGUCAGUGCCAGUACAGCAGGAUGCAUUCAUUGCACAGUCGCUCGUUGCACCCCAGCAACCGCAAAUGCCAC